AUGCAGCUCUCCACCCUCCUCGUCGCCGCCCUCGCUGGCACCUCCUCCGCCUACACCCUCUCCGUCUACAGCGCCGACAACUACCAGGGCACCCAGAAGAGCUACUCCACCGCCGGCUCCCGCAACGUCGGCUUCACUGUCAAGUCCUGGAUCUGGGAGUCCAAGCUCGGUGAUGGCUGCUGCGUGAACUUCUGCAAGGGCUCCACCUCUCAGGGCCGCUACUGCGGCAGCGCCCGCAAGGCCGUCUCCUCUGCUGGUGUCAACAAGGUCGUCACUGGCUGCGGCAACGCUGUUCUCAACUGCUAA